AUGGCACACCAACAAUCCAAGAGACGCGAUCCAAACGAUCUUGAUGCCUGGAUCCUGGGAAGUGGGAUUGGCUCUCUGACAACGGCAGUACAUCUCAUCCAAGAGGCUAAUGUUCCGCCAUCACGAAUUCACAUCCUCGAGGCAUUGGAGUUUGCUGGAGGGGGGACUGCAACCUGCGGUGAUCCGGUCAAUGGUUAUCACUAUCGCGCUGGUGUCAUGCCUAUAUUCAUUGACGCUUGGAUGGAGCGGCUCUUUUCACUCGUACCAUUAAAGGCGGACCGGACGAAGACCGUCAUGGACAUGAUGGAAACCAACCGCUCAAAACCGCCUACCGAAAAGCUCCAUACUAGGUUCCUCGCACGGAAGUCUUGGGGCGUAGAACGGAUCAACACUAAAGACAUCAGGCUAGGGCUUAGAGACCACAUGGAUCUGCUCAGGUUGGGUUUCAAAUCGGAGAGGAGUCUAGGGCGAUCUCGCAUUAGUGAUUACUUCCACCAAAGCUUCUUCCAGAGCGAUUACUGGCUGUUACUAGCUACAACGUUCGGCUUCCAGCCGUGGCACAGCCUUGUGGAAUUCCGUCGAUAUACACAGCACUUCAGGAACGGCACCCACGGACUGGAUCGUGCGUGCCAACUUGAUGUCAGCCGCUACAACGCCCACGAAUCCGUUAUCGCCCCACUAGCUGAUUUCCUACUGUCUCGCGGCGUUGACUUUCGCUUCCGCACGACUGUGACUGAUAUCAUUUUUGAGCCGUCGCACCAACAGGUAUCCACCAUCUGUGCGGUCCCAGAAAACGAACCAGCGACAACAAUCGAAGUCAGGCCGCAGGACAUUGUUAUCGUAUCAGUAGGCUCAGUGAUAUCCGGCGCGACGACCGGGACGAACGAAUCUCCGCCAUCGCUGGAGCUGAUGGAGUGCGAUAAGAACCUGGAUGACAACUGGCUCCUGUGGCUGGAGCUAUCGUCAAAAGAUUCGAAAUUUGGCAACCCAUAUAACUUCUGCACUCGGGUAGGUGAAUCCCGGCAGGAAUCAUUCACCGUGACGCUCAAGAACAACACACAAUUCUUCGAGCGCUUCCCUGCCGCGACAGCCUAUGUUCCCGACCAGCCCGUCGACGUGCAGGUUUUCUGGGGCUACGCGGCCUUCCCAGAGAAGGAAGGCGACUAUGUCAAGAAGCCGAUGCUCAAGUGCUCCGGCGAGGAAAUAAUGACUGAGAUUCUGCACCAGCUACAAUUUCCUAUCGAGGGGAUCCUCCAGGGAUCGAUCACCAUCCCCUGUUUGAUGCCUCGGAAGUCGGCACCCUUGUUGCGGCGGGACGGUUGUGACCGGCCCCUGGUCGUUCCAGACGGGAUGAGGAACAUGGCCAUGAUCGGGCACUUCGUCGAGAUUCCGAAUGAGAUACCUGUUAGUAUGGACUAUUGCGUACGCGGGGCACAGAUGGCGAUAAAUCAUCUGAUGGGAUUGGGCUAG